UCUUCCUUCCAUCAACACAAGAUAGCAUCAGUUCAGUGAGACAGUUCAAGAAAAUUCCACUAGCACCAUACACAAGAAUCGCAAGUCAGUUUCCAGUGUCUAGCAGCGCAUCAAGACCAAGGAGAAGGAGAAGCGAUGGCUGGUCCGGCAAAGACAUCGUGGAUGGUGGCGAUGAGCGUCAGCGCCGUGGAGGCGCUCAAGGAUCAGGCCGGGCUCUGCCGCUGGAACUAUGCCCUCAGGUCCAUCCACCGGGCAGCCAAGGCCAACGUCCGUGGGGGCGCCUCGCAGGGCACCAAGCAGCUUCCGGCCUCUAUGGUGGAGAAGCGGCGAGCGGAGAAGGCGGAAGAGGGGAUGAGGACGGUCAUGUACCUUAGCUGUUGGGGCCCAAAUUAGGAGCUAGGGGUGUUGAGUUUGUUGCAGCUUGUGGUUAUGUGACAACCACAUGAUCUAUUGUAAAUACAGCACGAUGAUGAUGAUGAAAAUUUCGGCUAUGAGUUUACAUCA